AUGGUUUUGCGAGGAGCGGUUUUAGCAUGGUGUAUCUGGGGAGAAAGGAACCAGAUGGUCUUUCGAGGUAACUUGUCUUCGCACCACAUCAUUCUCGCUCGUGUUCACAGGCUGGUGGAAGAGCAAGGUUCCUAUGUGGCUCGCAUAUACCCAAACGCAGCAGCUAAACCAGUUACUAGCCCCAACAAAUGGAGUAGUCCGCCCCCUGGUAUGGUCAAGAUAAAUGCCGACGCAUCGCUUGAAGUUGAUGGCUGGGUGGGCAUAGGUGUUAUUGCACGUAACUCUGACGGUGACGUUUUAUUCUCGGCCUCAAGACGGAUCAGGGCCUACUGGACCCCGGAAAUUGCAGAAGCAAAGGCCAUAGCAGUGGCUGUAAGAUUGGGGAAGCACUUUGGGUUUAAAGAAGUCAUCUUUGAGUCAGAUUGUCAGGUCGUCAUUAACCGGCUUUCGAGUAAUGCCAUCUUUUUAUCUGAUCUCGAUUCUAUUCUCCAUGAGAUUUUAUCCUCUAGUACUUUUUUCUCUUAUGUUGCUUGGUCUCAUGUUAAGCGCGAUGGUAAUUGUGUUGCCCAUCAUUUAGCUAAGCUAGUCCCUUUUGGUGUUGAGCAGAUAUGGGAAAACCAUACUCCUAUGGAUGUGGCGCCCUAUGUACUUAUGGACUUUUUGUCCCGAAAUUAA